AUGGCACGAGGCCUCUUCCCGGCGUCGCUCAUCGAUGCCGACGUGGCCGCCUCCCUCCCCGACGGGUUCGCCAUCCGACCGCUCGCGAGAGACGACUACGCCAAGGGCUUCCUCGACUGCUUGGGCGAGCUGACGUGGACGGGCGACACGACUGUCGACGAGUUCGACGAGCGGUACGACGAGCUCGACUCCCAAGGCAAGGGGCCGUACUACUACCUCGUCAUCGAGCACCGAGGCCGCAUCGUCGGCACCGGUCUCGUCCUCGUCGAGAAGAAGUUCAUCUGGAACCGCGCCAGCGUCGGCCACGUCGAGGAGAUUUGCAUCGCCGAGCACCACCGGGGCAAGGGGCUGGGCCGUCGGAUGAUGAUGGCGCUCGACUCGGUAGCCCGCAACGUCGGAUGCAGAAAGAGCCUGCUCAACUGCAGCCCCGAGAAGCGGGACUUUUACGCCAAGUGCGGCUACGAAGCGGGAGGCAUGGAGAUGAAGCGUCCAUUUGUCGACGAUGCCGAGAGGGAGUAG